ACCGGAUUUGGAUUCAGCCAAUCACAGAGGAGUUCUCCCUGCGCCACCCGGUAUAAGAGGUGACGGGCGGAGCGGGGCUGUCAGUCUCAUCUGUACAGAGAAGAGAACGAUGUCUGGACGCGGCAAACAAGGAGGCAAAGUGCGGGCUAAGGCCAAGACCCGCUCAUCCCGGGCAGGGCUCCAGUUCCCGGUCGGCCGUGUGCACAGGCUCCUCCGCAAGGGCAACUACGCCCAGCGGGUGGGCGCCGGCGCUCCCGUCUACUUGGCCGCUGUGCUCGAGUAUCUCACCGCCGAGAUCCUGGAGCUGGCCGGCAAUGCCGCCCGCGACAACAAGAAGACCCGCAUCAUCCCCCGUCACCUGCAGCUGGCCGUGCGCAACGACGAGGAGCUCAACAAGCUGCUGGGCGGCGUCACCAUCGCCCAGGGCGGCGUCCUGCCCAACAUCCAGGCCGUGCUGCUGCCCAAGAAGACCGAGAGCAGCAAGCCGGCCAAGAGCAAGUGA